CGCUGUCGCGGCUGGAUUAUCCGAAUCCGGAUUAUCCUUCUCCCAUGUGGCCGACCGUCGAGUUGACGACCGUGCCGACAGGUGACACGCGUGAAAUAGACACCCUCAAGUCUUUCAUGCUAAACAUUCCUGGCAUUCUUACUGUCUUAGUUGUGUGUUCUUACAAUGUCGCCCUCGUGGUCAGCCCACUGAGCACUUUACUGCGAAUCAUACAAAAGAUGUAAAUGCGUAGAACCAGAGUCACUUAAUUUUGUAGUUGCUGUUGAACACUCGCCUCUGCAACAGGUGCGAUGGGGGAAAGCGAAGCUGUAGCCGUAUUUGCCAACCCGGCCCGGAAAGUAUUCUCAGCUCGAAGGACAUCGGCGAAAAUUAGUAGUCAAUUACCGGCCGAAAUUGCCGAUGACCCCGAAAUCGCGGACGCCCUCCGCUGUUUGCCGUCGAACUACAACUUCGAAGUUCCGAAAACGAUAUGGAGAAUCCGCCAGCUAGGAGCUCGCACGGUCGCGCUGCAGUUUCCCGAGGGUUUGUUGAUAUUCGCGCUUCCCAUCGCCGACAUACUGGAGAGGUUCACAGGCUGCGAAGUCGUAAUCCUCGGUGACGUGACGUACGGUGCCUGUUGCGUGGACGACUACACUGCCCGCGCUCUGGGCUGCGAGCUCAUGGUUCACUACGGCCACAGCUGUCUCGUACCCGUGGACCAAAUGAGCGGCUUGAAGAUGCUGUACGUGUUUGUGGACAUCAAGAUCGACGUGUUGCAUCUCGUGGAGAGUGUCAAGCGUAAUUGGAACACCGACACUCGUCUGGCGUUCGUGAGCACGAUUCAGUUCGUGUCCACCAUUCAGUCUGUCGCUGCCGAACUGAGGAGUGACGGCUACGACGCCAGGACGCCGCAGGUUCGACCCCUGAGUCCCGGUGAGAUCCUGGGCUGCACCGCACCCAACGUCGGCGAUGCUCAAGUAGCCAUCUACGUCGGAGAUGGCAGGUUUCACAUGGAGGCUCUCAUGAUCGCAAACCCCGGUGUCAAGAUGUACAGGUACAAUCCUUACGACAAAACGCUGACAGAGGAAGGGUACGACCAUGCCACCAUGCUAAGGGUCCGUCGGCAAGCCGUCGAGAAGGCGGCCACGGCCGGUACCUUUGGCGUCAUCCUCGGUACCCUCGGCCGUCAGGGGAACCCAAAGGUUGCCGACGGUUUGAAGGAGACCCUGCUGGCUACGGGAUGCCCGCCAAGGAAAGUCGUUUGCGUCUUGCUCUCAGAGAUAUUUCCCAAAAAGCUGGAACUCUUCGAGGGCGUGGACGCCUGGGUGCAGACGUCGUGUCCCCGCCUGUCGAUCGACUGGGGUCUCGCUUUUGCCAAGCCUGUGCUGACACCUUACGAGGCCAACGUGGCCGUGAGAACUACCACUUGGAGGGAAAGCUAUCCCAUGGACUUUUAUGCCAAGGAUAGCCUGGGACCAUGGACACCUAACCACAAACCAUCUGUGCGAAAAUGUGACGAAAAGUGCCAGUGCAAACCUACCACAUCGUGACAGCGUUAGUGAAAAGCUGCUGACUACUACAUUGUAUGCCAUGUGGUCUCGCCAAACUUGAUUUGGUGCUCUUCAUAUCAGAGCUGGGUAUGUGAGGAUGGUGACUAAUAUGGCUGCUUUGUGUAAAUUA